AUGGACCUAUCAAUUGAGAUUGAUCCAACUUACCAUGACCAUACACGCGACGGCUAUGUAGAUAGUGACUUUGCUUCUGAAACAACAUCUCUAGCCUCUGCUGUCUACCGGGGAGUAUUCGAGAAUGGAAGACGCUAUCAGACCGUGAGGGAGGGUGCGUCUUGGUUUCCAUCCGACGAGCAACAAUUUGAGAGUUUAGAGGCAGGUCACCUCCUCUGUAUACUUCUAGACGCCAAUACCGACAACCCACUCUUCCAAGCACCACUAAAAGACCCCAAGCAAAUCCUGGACAUCGGCACAGGCCGAGGCAACUGGGCCAUUGAUGUAGCCGACAUGUUCCCUGAUGCAACCGUCAGAGGCGUAGACCUCUUCCCCCCACCAGUAGAUUGGAUACCCCCAAACUGCAUAAUGGAAGUCGAUGACGUCCUACAAGAAUGGACCUGGCGCCAGCCCUUCGACCUCAUCCACAUGCGCCAGCUAAUCGGCGCCUUCACUCCUUUUGAAUGGGAUUGUGUAUUCGCCCAGUGUUACAAAAACCUAGCCCCAGGCGGCUGGAUCGAACAAAUAGAAGGCGACCCACGAAUCCACUGCUCAGACUCCAGCAUGUCCCCAGACUCUAGAAUUGUCCAGUUUACGGAAGCAGUGUUCCGCGCUGCACAGGAAUGGAACCACCCCAUCGAUACGCUAGACACAAUGCGCGCAGCAAUGGAAAGGGCCGGCUUUGUCGAUAUCCAUGAGAAGAACUAUAGGUGGCCUGUUGGGCCGUGGGCCCGGGACCCUACACUCAAGGAAGUGGGGAGAUUGCAUUAUCAUCAGUGGACGGCGGGUAUGGAGGGUUGGGGGAUGUAUUUUCUCACUAAGUUUGGGGCUCCGAAGCCGUGGGCGAAGGAGGAGGUGUUGGUUUUGUUGGCGAGGGUUAGGAAAGAGUUGCAGGAUCCGCAGAUUCACAUGUGGCAGUAUGCGAGGAGAGUUUGGGGAAGGAAGCCUACGGUGGAGGAGGAUGAGGAGAAGGAGGUGAAGGUAAAGGUGAAGAGUGAGGAGGUUGAUGUUAAGGACUCCGGAAUAUGA